AUGGAUGAUAAGAAAUCGAAAAAGCCAGACGAUUGGAUAAAAGUCCAAAGUAAAAGUCGUCCGGGACGAUAUUAUUUAUUUAAUCGAGCUACAGGUGAAACCAAAUGGUUGCUCUCAGAAGCCAAGAACAAAGAGUCGUCGAAUGGGGAGGUUACAGAUAAGGACAAGUCACCUUCCAAAGGAAAAACUCACAUUGAGGAAGAGUCUCCCCCACCAAGAAUAUCGGCCCCCAAACCCUUGAAAACUCCUGCCCAAGAUCGCCUUAAAAGACUGCAACAUGAGAUAAAAGUGCAGCAAUCAAAGAAACAGGAAGCGAGGAGCAGUAAACGACGUGCCUCGGGCGACAGUGAAGCAAAAUCCACAAAGACUUCAGUUUCAAAAUACCAACAGGAGAAUCGGCCUCUAAGUAAGGAAACAAAAGAUGAUCCUCCUUCUUCGAGUAGAAGUAAAUUGGCUAAAUUAGCAGAGUCCAAGAAAGAAAAACAGGAGAAAUCGUUACAAAAUGAAGGUCCCAAGGAUGUAAAUAAUUCUCCUAAAAAGAAGACAUCAAAAACUAUUUCCAAAGAAUCGGAAAAUCGCACAAAGGAGAUUGAUACAAAGACAGAGCCCAGAAAAAGUAAAGAAUCCACUUUGGAAUCCCCAAGAAAACGUGCCAGCAAAAGAUCCCUACCCAGUGAUGCAGAAACUUCUGCUAGCCUUGAAGAUAAUAAAUCCGAAUUGGAUAAAAUGGUUACAACAACUAAAGAAAAAUCUAUAAAUUCUGCCAAAGAACCUCUUAGUCCAAGAAAACGGGCCAUUAAAAGACCGCUUUCAAAUGAUUUGGAAUCUUUAGAAAGCCGCAAAGAUAAUACAUUUAGUUUGGAUAUUUUUGCUACUCCGUCAGCUGCCAAAACGUCACGCCCCAUAGACAUCCCUAAAAAAGAGGUGGUAACAUCAUUACCCGCCAAUAAUAAUUAUUUAUUGGAUGAGGACACCGAAAUGUUACCUUGUGAAGAGGUCACCACUCAAUCAUCACCUGCAAUUACAAAUAGCGAAUCAGACCCCAAUAAGUUAUCAACUUUUGGUAGUAUUCGUUCGGGUAUUGUUAGCAAAAUUAAAGAGAUAUGUAAACUACCAUUUGGUAGUCACAAAACGGAAGAUAUUGCUACAAAAACUUCGAAUUUGUUAACUAAGACGAAUUUUAAACCCGCCAAAAAGACUGAAAAUAAAUUUGAACACAAUUCGUUUCCUGUUCAGCAAGCUUUAAGCGAGCUAAGGGAAGCUCAAAGGACAUUGGGUGCAGAUACAUCACAUAAUACCAGUUCCACAUCAUCCACGUCAUUAUUGAAUUUCGCCACACCACCAAGUACACCGAAAAAUCUGAAUAUUCCAGCGUAUUGUAAGGGAUCGGCCAAUUCCCGUUUGGAACGCCUAAGACAAUCUCUGUUGGCACAGCAGCAAUCCAUGCAGGCAAAUACCUCGACUUGCUUCUCAUCACUGCCCACCACCAACAGUCCAGGACCACCAAAGACAUUAGAUUCUCCAUUAAAUGAGACAUCAACUUCCAUAUUUCAUACUGCCAAUAAUACCAUGGAUGAUGGUAAGUCUUGCAAUAUUUUGAAAAACAAAUCCCUUUGA